CACACCUGGAGUACGUCAACAGCUCCGACCUGGACCAGGUGCACUUACAGAAGAUGAUCAGCUACCUCAAAAAAAACCACCUAGUUCGAUCACUCCCUGGCAUCAGACGCCUGGUCAUACAUCCGCUGAUCGUCUACCACUCCAUAGUGUCUUCCGACAGGGAUAGACAACUCCUGCCAGAGCGCUGGCUGGAUAACACCCGUAACCGGUACAUCCACUUCCUUGGUCGUGUGCUCAUGAGUAUUGAAGCCAACAUGCACGCACAUGGCAGGAAAGGCCUGGUAUUUGCUGGCCUCAUUCAGGAGUGGCCAAAUGUUCAGUACGUGUUCCAGAUGGCACUGCACUGCAACAGAAAUACAUAUGGGAACUUUGUGAAGGUGGCGAUCACUGCCUCCAACUAUAUCCUGAAGAUUUUCCCAAGAGAAGCCGAGUCAUUCUACUGGAGUCUGUACAACAGCGCUAAGGAUUACGGGACUCCAGUAGAGUUUGCGGUGAUGGAGGCUUUUCUGGGGCAGGCUAUCGCUGAAGGGACAGGCAAGGACUGGGGUCGAGCAAUCCAGUAUUUGUCAUCUGCCAUUGAACAUUUGUCCAGAUUUGGCAACUCAUAUUUUCUCGGAUGGGCUAUCAUUAGAAAGGCCAUCAUUCAUCACAGACAGGGGAAGUAUCAGGAGUCUUUAGAAUAUUUCUGUCAUCUCAACCUGCCAGAUAUUUCUCUCGUCUCAAACUGCCAGAUAUUUUUGUCAUCUCAACCUGCCAGAUAUUUCUGUUAUCUCAGCCUGCCAGAUAUUUUUGUCGCAAUAGGGAAGCUCGAAGGCGUUUUGGACGCAAUUCUGGACUUGAUACAAAACUGCUUUGAGAAUCACCCAGACAUCGCCACUCUCCUCAACCUUAUUGGUCUCACAGAACAGAGAGGCAACAGGGACACACAGCGGGCACUGAUGUGGUACAAACUGUCGUACAAUGAGCGGAUGUACUGGGCCAAGGCAUGUCCUGAGUCACUUCUGGCAGUGCUCAACAACAUUGGCAUGAUUUACUUCUAUCAAGGAGAUUCUGAGGAAUGCAUGAAGUACCUGGAGAAAGCCCUGGCCAUCCGUCGAGAAUGUGGCUGGACGCACUACAACACAGGACUUACCCUGGUCCAUGUCGCGGAGAUCAACAUGAAAGUAGGUCAUUUGGUUGAAGCCUUUAAGUUAUUGCUGGAAGCGGAGAGGAUUUUUGCUGCUACAGUCAAAGACCAUGAUAUGAGACUGCGUGUGAACUUUGACCUGGCUCACAUACGAGUCCUUAUCAGACAGGCUCUAGAGCCAAGAGAUGCGGCCAGAGAGUUCUCCAGGAGGAUGCAGUCACAAGAAAGCUAUGGGCAGGAUGAACGACCAGCAGAAGGAUCAAGCUCCCAGGAGAGAGAUGUAGAGCUGAAGGGAUUACUACUGAUGCCUGCAGUAGGACAGGACAGAGAAAAACAUCCUGGGACACCAGUGGUGAUUCUGUAA